UAACAUUUGCACCAGCUACACAAUGAAGUUCGCUGGAGGGAACUAAGCAAAAAAAAAAAAAGUUAGUGUUUUUGACUAAAAGGUUGGGCAGGUGGCAGAGGGAGGAUGUCUCAGCUGCUGAGGCUUCUCUCAGCGGCCGCUCUGCCUCUCUGUCGGGCUGGAGGAGCCCGGGCACGGCUCUCCGCGGUGACGGCAGGACGGUUCUUCUCAGCCGGAUACCUGAGCUCCGCCGCCCCGAACGUCUGUCGGACUCCGGCUAACUUCCUGCUGUGUCGCAGAUUCCAGCCGACUCAGCGACGACUGUUCUCCACUGAACCCAAAGAUGGAGGAGGAGGAGGAGGAGGAGGUGGAGGUGGAAGAUCAGGAGGAGGGAAGAGAGGAGGAGCAGGUGGAGGAAAAGACUGGUGGAGCCGAAUGCAGAAGGGCGACUUCCCCUGGGACGAGAAGGAUUUCCGUUACAUGGCGAUCACCGUGGCCGGAGUCGGUUCAGCUCUGCUCUACUUCUACUUCAGAGACAACGGCAGAGAGAUCAGCUGGAAGGACUUCGUCCACCGAUACCUGGGCAGAGGCUUGGUGGAUCGGCUGGAGGUCAUCAACAAACAAUACGUCAGAGUCAUCCUGAUGCCGGGAGCCGACGCUGAUGCGAGCUACGUCUGGUUCAACAUCGGCAGCGUGGACACGUUCGAGAGGAACCUGGAGACGGCGCACAUGGAGCUCGGCCUGGAGCCGUCGCACCGAGCCACCGUCGUCUACAGCACCGAGAGCGACGGCUCUUUUCUGAUGAGCAUGCUCCCCACUCUGCUGCUGAUUGGCUUCCUGCUCUUCACCCUGCGGCGAGGGCCAAUGGGAGGAGGAGCCGGCGGCGGGAGGGGCGGGCCCUUCAGCAUGGGCGAGUCCACGGCCAAAAUGAUGAAGGACAGCAUCGACGUGAAGUUCAAGGACGUGGCCGGCUGCGAGGAGGCCAAAGUGGAGAUCCUGGAGUUCGUCAACUUCCUGAAGAACCCACAGCAGUACCAGGACCUCGGAGCCAAGAUCCCCAAGGGUGCCGUGCUGUCCGGUCCUCCUGGGACGGGGAAGACUCUGCUGGCCAAAGCCACAGCCGGAGAGGCCAACGUCCCCUUCAUCACCGUCAACGGCUCCGAGUUCCUGGAGAUGUUUGUGGGCGUGGGUCCGGCCCGGGUGAGGGACAUGUUUGCCUUGGCGAGGAAGAACGCCCCCUGCAUCCUCUUCAUCGACGAGAUCGACGCCGUGGGGAGGAAGAGGGGAGGGGGGAACUUCGGAGGUCAGAGCGAGCAGGAGAACACGCUGAACCAGCUGCUGGUGGAGAUGGACGGUUUCAACACGGCCACUAACGUGGUCGUCCUGGCCGGAACCAACAGACCCGACAUCCUGGAUCCUGCUCUGAUGAGACCGGGACGCUUCGACAGACAGAUCUACAUAGGUCCUCCGGACAUCAAGGGGAGGGCGUCCAUCUUUAAAGUCCACCUCCGACCAAUCAAACUGGACCCCAACCUGGACAAAGACGCUCUCGCCAGGAAGAUGGCCGCAGCUACACCUGGAUUCACCGGAGCCGACAUCGCCAACGUCUGCAACGAGGCGGCUCUGAUCGCCGCCAGACACCUGGACCCGUCCGUCAACGGCAAACACUUCGAGCACGCCAUCGACCGGGUCAUCGGAGGUCUGGAGAAGAAGACUCAGGUCCUGCAGCCCACAGAGAAGAAGACGGUAGCGUAUCACGAGGCCGGUCACGCCAUCGUGGGCUGGUUCCUGCAGCACGCCGACCCCCUGCUGAAGGUGUCGAUCAUCCCGCGGGGGAAGGGUCUGGGUUACGCUCAGUACCUGCCCAGAGAGCAGUACCUGUACAGCCGGGAGCAGCUGUUCGACAGGAUGUGUAUGAUGCUGGGGGGCCGCGUGGCCGAGGAGGUCUUCUUCGACCGGAUCACCACCGGAGCGCAGGACGACCUGAAGAAGGUCACGCAGUCGGCCUACGCUCAGGUGGUGCAGUUUGGGAUGAGCGAGAAGGUGGGGCAGGUGUCGUUCGAUCUGCCCCGGCAGGGCGAGAUGGUGAUGGAGAAGCCGUACAGCGAGGCGACGGCGGAGCUGAUCGACGGCGAGGUCAGAGGGCUGGUGGAUCGAGCGUACGAGCGAACGCUGCAGCUCAUCAGGGAAAAGAAGGAGCUGGUGGAGAUGGUGGGGAAGCGCCUCCUGGAGAAGGAGGUCCUGGACAAGGCGGACAUGUUGGAGCUGCUGGGCCCGCGGCCGUUCGAGGAGAAGUCGACGUACGAGGAGUUCGUGGAGGGGACGGGGAGUUUCGAGGAGGACACCAGUUUGCCGGAGGGCCUCCGGGACUGGAACCAGGAGAGGGGGGCGGAGGCCGAGGAGGCGGUGCCGGCUCAAGACAAACAGCAGGCUGUGUAGCGCCGCCGCCGCUCGGGGGAGGGGCGGGACUCGGAUGAGACAAACGAACACUUCACGUCCCAGCUGCAAAAAAACUCAACUCAGUGCUGACCCGGCUCUACAGGCCUGGGAGGGGCUACAGGGGGGGUUCUUUUAUAAAUGACUUCCACAGAUUAGUAAUUCACACCCUCAGUUUGUUUUGGCUCCUUCAGGUUAAUAACCCAAACUCAAAUUAUUAACUUGAUGCCCUGAAAUCACCAGCAGCUUCAUCCCAUUAGUCCCACAGCUGCUCUCUGUGUGAGUGUGGGUUUGAUUUAAAGUUGGGGCUGAGAUCACAGGUUUCUGGGACAAAAAAAAAAAAAAGUAAAUUAUGUUUGUAAAUGACAGAUUUGAGAUCAGAUCUUCCUCCUGAGAACCUCCAGGCUGCACAACCUCCGGUUAAAUGUAGAGUUCACUUUUAUUUAUCCAGAAACGCUUCACUGAGGAAGCUGCUCCGAAACGCCUUAACGCUCGACCAACAGGAGACAGCAGAGCAGAUUUUAAUCUUCCUGCAUUGAAUGUAAGUGAAGCUCAUUUACAGCGUGUGAACAGACUGAUUUAUCUUUGUAUUUAUUUCUGCUCUGUGAUGGACGUCUGCCUCCCUGCCAACGAGGAAGAAGCUCCAGGUGAAAAUUUGCAGCUGAAUUUAAAAACAUUUUUACAGGUUUAAAUAUUUUGAGUGUGAAGUUUUUUUUUUUUGUUUCCUGUUUUUACAAGAUUUCAAAGUAAGUGCAGAAGUUUUCCUGCAUUAACUCGUGUCAGCCCACAGCUCCUCAGUAACCGUCACUUUGGAGUUAUUUCACGCCGACACACCUCGACGCUCGACGUGUAAAUGUUUGUAUAAAUUCUGUGAGUUAACGAAUCGUCCAGAAGCUGCUUCGUCAUCGGCCCGGUGGCUGAUGGGUAACGUCUAGUUCUCUGAAGGAUUUCUGCUGCUAAUUUUUAAAGGUAAAAUCCCCCUAAAAAAAAAAAAAG